AUGUUUGGGGAGCUGGGUCAGAACAAUGGCAGUGUUGUGUUUUCUGCAGAGCCCCCGUUGGUGAAAGUAUCUCGCAGGAUCCAGUACAACAGUAUGGAGACCCUCGUCUGCCGAAUCUAUGGCUUUUAUCCCAAAGAGAUAGAUGCCACCUGGAAGAAGGAUGGAGAGGUCUGGGAGCAGGACACCUACCGUGGAGGUGUCCUUCCAAAUUCAGACGGGACCUACCAUACCUGGCUGAGCAUCGAGGUUGACCCGAAGGAGAGGGACCGCUAUCGGUGUUAUGUGGACCACCCCGGACUGCCGGAGCCUCUGAUCUUGGCCUGGGUGGAGCCUGGUGAGAGAAAGGGAGUGGGGGGUCACCAGUUAUGA